AUGUCGCUGUUCAACGUCUUGUGCCUCGGGCUGGUGGCCCGCGCUUCCGCCUGGGCCCGCGCCUCCGUGACGGUGACUGGAGAGGCGCUCGCGGACAAGACCAUCAAGGACUACGUUGAGGAGGUCAAAACCAUGAGCCCAACUCUGGGUUCGCUCCAGAUGAUGGGCAGCUGUUGUGACGAGAACCAAGGCGCUGCCAUGGAGGUUCAGAACGGCAUCAACACGAACACCCUCUACGGUCCUACUGAUGAGCUUGCCAAGACGAUCUUCAAGGACACUGGUUGCAGUCCGGUGGCAGAGAAGAAUAUGAACAAGAUGGGCACGGCAGGCUGCACCUACUUCAGCAUCUUCCAGAACACCGCCCAUGCCGACCACGAGUUCGCCGCCAACUGCGUUCCAGGUGUGGUCUGCAGUGCGGACGUUGUGGGCAUGACCAAGGGACUGAUUGCCACCUACGGCGUGGUCAUGCAGAUCUUGCAGCCCAACCUUGGGUCGCUGGCAAACAUCUAUUCGGGACCCAUUGACAAGUGUUUUGCGGGAAUGAACAAGCUCAACGAGGGCAAUCUGAAGGAUUCCCUCGUCACCACACCCAUUAUGGGCCCGUUUAACCUGAAGCUCGGCGAGACUACGAAGCUGGUGGUCGAGGGCAUGGGCCAUGUCGGUGCUCUCGAUUCCCUUAAGACCUGCCAGGCCUUCUCGGAGUACAAGACGUCGAAGGCAGCGGAGGCGGAGGAGAAGGCGAGGCAGAAGCAAAUGCAAGCAAUUGCCAAGUCCACUGGCAAGGGGGACACGAAGACGGCGGAGGCGACGCUGGAGAAGGCUGGCCGCGCACCGUCACAGGCCGUCACUUCCGCCAAGAACGCCGGGAAGCUCUCGGUGCCCGUGGGCGGCAAGAUUGACAUCAAGGGCGUGCCCCAAGAGGACGUGGGUGCCUCAGAGUCAUGA